AUGGCUCAGCGUAAUUUAGAAUGGUACAGCGUACACACAUAUGGUGUAGCGCUGCGGGAAAUGGCUCAGCGUAAUGUCGAAUGGUACAGCGUACAUAAAAACAGUGUAGCGUUGUGUGAAAUGGCUCAGCGUAAUGUCGAAUGGCACAGCUUACAUACAAACAGUGUAGCGUUGCGUGAAAUAGCUUAGCGUAAUGUCGAAUGGUACAGCGUACAUAUAAACAGUGUAGCGUUGCGUGAAGUGGCUUAGCAUAAUGUCGAAUGGCACAGCGUACACACAAAUGGUGUAGCGCUGCGUGAAAUGGCUCAGCGUAAUGUAGAAUGGUACAGCGUAGACACAAAUAAUUACUGACCCUCAUAAAAUCCUAUUGUUCUCUCUCAGCAUUAUAUCGGCGAUUUCAGCCUGAGAAAAUAUUCAAUAUGAAGGGACGACUAAAAUCGUCGAUGUAAUGCAGAGAGAGAACAAUAGGAUUUUAUGAGGGUCAAUAAUUAUAAUAGUUAAUUACUUCGGUUCGCAGCAUUAUUGGGUAUAAUGCUGCGAACCUCAGUAAUUAUCUAUUAAAUAGUGUAGCGUUAGGUCGAAUAGCUUUGCAAAACAUCAGACGCUCUAUCUGAAUAUUAAAUUGUUUAGUAUUACUUGAAAUAUUUCGAUGUUGUGGCGAAUCGUCAUGGCGUGACGUGAAGGCCAUGCCAUUCCUUUAUUAGCUAUGCUAUCCUGAAGUUGAUCCUUAAGCCGUCUUUGUAUUUGCUGAUCUAUACGACAUCCUUGUAUUUUUGGUGGUGACGGCCGCCAAGGCAUCUCGCCGAAACCACCAAAAAUACAAACCGCAAAUGGAACAGCGAUCUGCUGGGGGCAUGACGUUAUCGAAUGUGAAGACUGACACGAAACCAUUACAUAACGUAGUCGCUGUAUGGAAUAGUCUUCACUUCGCUUUGCCGUAAAACAGAGCUAAUUCGGUAAGUUUCUCCUCUUUUUUCACUGCUGAUAUUGCACUUAUUUGUUGUCGUUCAUGAAAGCGUCAAUUAAAAUAGCAACGAGACUGAGUUUCAGCUGCAGGAUAGCAUAGCUAAUAAAGGAAUGGCAUGGCCUUCACGUCACGCCACGACAAUUUAAUGUUCAGAUAGAGCGUCUGAUGUUUUGCAAAGCUAUUCGACCUAACGCUACACUAUUUGUGUCUACGCUGUACCACUCGACAUUACGCUGAGCUAUUUCCCGCAGCGCUACACCAUAUGUGUGUACGCUGUACCAUUCUAAAUUACGCUAAGCCAUUUGACGCAACGCUACACCGUUUGUGCGUACGCUGUGCUACUCGACGUUACCUUCAGCCGUUUAACGCAACGCUACACCGUUUGAGUACUGUAUUGCAAAUGAGUGCUAAGCUAUUUGUAAUUGAGCUAGUCCAUUUCACAAUCUCAUGUUCCAACUCAACAUGGGCUACUAGACCGUUUCUCAUUUUGCUAAACUAUUCAUGUUUAGGGUGUUCUGUUUCACGAAGGAAAACUAGACUGUCUAUAAUUUGGCCAUGCCAUUCCUUUAUUAGCUAUGCUAUCCUGCAGCUGAUCCUUACACCAUCUUUGUAUUUGCUGAUCUAUUUGACAUCCUUGUAUUUUUGGUGGUGACGGCCGCCCAUAGAGAUGCAUAAUAUGACUGGUUAUGCAAAUGUUAAUCAAUGUUUGUCACGCAAGAUGCGGCUUUGCAUUGAGUGCUCUCUCGAGCAUUGCGUUACAUCAAAUUUUGCGUGACUGAAACAAGAUCUAUAUUGGUUCACCGUUUGAGGUUAAAUCGACGAAAAAGAUUUCCGUGGAUUCUCAUCCACUUCAGAUGGAAACGGCAGCGCAAGAAAUCUUGACGGAUAAAACUAUCAAUCCAGUGUUCCAGAGAGCCUAUAAUGUCAGAGGAUGGGUCAAUACUCGCGCUUACGAAAUAAAGCACGAAAUGGCACUGGUAAGUGUUCUCUACAGCUUACUUUGAAUAAUCCAAACCCAUAACCCAAGCUUCUCUGCCUUCUUUGUUCGAUAUAUUUGGAAGCAAAACAUGUUGCAGCUUUGUAGCUGUUUGACCGCCCUGGAAUCUCACAUCUAUUGUCGUUUGUUUUCGUCUGAAACUUUCGCUUGAGUAAGUGAUUUCUAUGAUUUCCACGAGAUAAAGUGAUUUGCAUGUUCCUCUCCCCUCUGUGAAAGCCAAAUGAAGUCUCUUCUGAGCUAGCUGAGGUCAUUGCCGACGGCAAAUUUUGAAAUAUCCUUAAAAUUCUGACCAUAAAUCAGUCUUUGGUACUCGUUUGAAUGUUUCAGUUAGUCCGUUUGAAAUGGAAUGCAAAUGUUAGAGGCCUCGUAAUUUUCGUUCCAAAGGUGAGGGGGUUAAAUAGGUUAACGGUCGACGGAAUUAUUUUACUCGGAUAUCGGAUUCAGAGCGAAAUUUUAGCGUAUUUGUGGAUCCUGGAAUUGCAGCGGUUCGCGGUUUUAUCGAGUUUUAGGAUCCGGAUUUUGGAUUCUGCUUGUGAGGAUCGGAAGUUCAGAUCGUGCAUUUGAAGGAUAUAUAUAUAAUCGGCAUAAUAUUUACAUACUGUAAAAUUUUACGCCAGUAACCAACGGCGUAUUUUAUUCCAGUCUGUAGUGUUUAUAUGUAAGAUUUUACUAGCAAACGGCGUAAUUUCGUCCAGUCAAUACUUUAAAUACUGUAAGAUUUUACGCCAGUAACUGACGGCGUAAAUUCUUCCAGUCGGUAGCAAUUGUAAGUAGGAUUUUACGCCGUUAGUUAUUUAACGGCGUAAUUUCUUUCAGUCGGUAGUGUAUAUAUGUAAGAUUUUACGCCACUAACUAACGGUGUAAUUUCUUCCAGUCGGUAUAUUAUAUACUGUAAGAUUUUACACUUGUAAAUAAUGGCGUAAUCUCUUUCAGUUGGUUGUGUUUAUAUGCAAGAUUUUACGCCAGUAACUAAUGGCGUAAUUUCUUCUGGUCGGUUGUGUUUAUAUGUAAGAUCUACUGAUGGCGUAACUUCUUCCAGUCUGUUGUAUUUAUCUGUAAGAUUUUCGCCAAUAACUAACGGCGUAGUUUCUUUCAGUCCGUUGUGUUUAUAUGUAAGAUUUUACGCCAGUAACUAACGGCGUAAUUUCUUCCAGUCGGUACUUUAAAUACUGUAAGAUUUAAGGCGCCAGUAACUGACAGCGUAAAUUCUACUAGUCGGUAUUGUUUGUAUCUAAGAUUUUACGCGAGUAACCAACGGCGUAAUUUCUUUCAGUCGGUAGAGUAUGUAUGUAAGAUUUUACGCCACUAACUAAUGGUGUAAUUUCUUCCAGUCGGUAUAUUAUAUACUGUAAGAUUUUACGCUUAUAACUAAUGGCGUAAUUUCUUCCAGUCGGUCGUGUUUGUAUGCAAGAUUUUACGCCAGUAACUAACGGCGUAAUUUCUUCUGGUCGGUUGUGGUUAUAUGAAAGAUUUACUAAUGGCGUAAUUUCUUCCAGUCUGUUGUGUUUAUCUAUAAAAUUUUUCGCCAAUAACUAACGGCGUAAUUUCUUUCAGUCUGCUGUGUUUACAUGUAAGAUUUUACGCCAGUAGCUAACGGCGUAAUUUCUUUCAGUCGGUAGUGAAAGAUUUAAUGCCAAUAACUAACGGUGCAAUUUCUUUCAGUAGGUUGUGUAUAUAUGUAAGAUUUUACGCCAGUAACUAACGGCGUAAUUUCUUCCAGUCGGUUGUGUUUAUAUGUAAGAUUUAAUAAUGUAAUAAUUUAAUAAUUGUAUAUAUUUACUAUCCAAAAGAAAGAAAAUGAAAGUAGUGGAAUUAUUCUUCUCAGAACAUUAAAUACGACAUUCACACCUUAUUAUGCUGAACACAAUGUUAUAUUUUCAAAAACAGCUGUGUUGUGUAGGAGCUACAUUAAUAUUAAAAGUACAUUCUUGAAACAAUUUUUAAACUUUAGUAGUUGGAAGUACACUUUCUUAUAAUGAAAUUAAAGCCAAAUUUUAUCUUGCUGAGCAGGUAACUGUUCACAGUCAAACAAACGUAUACAUAAGUGUGUAUGUGUCCCAGUAACAGAAGGGUUAGAUAUACCAUUUAAAGUGUAUUUUAUCAGAACUAGUUUCUGUGUGGUCAAAUAUAUGUAUAUAGUUAAGUCAUGUCCUCUCAUUGUUACAUCCAGAAAAUCUGUUUCCUUCUCUUAAUUGAUUUCAUUAGUGUAGUCACAGACUUAACAUGGUAAAGCUUUGCUGGAGGAAUACAAAAUCAGCUGUAGGAUACUAUACAGUGCGUUAAAAACUGUAAAAUCAUAUUGCCUUUAGGGUGAGAGAAAACCAUUUGAUGAGGUUGUAAUACAUUAUGGAGACCCUCAUGCAUUUGGACAGUCACCUAUCACCUUUUUAAGACAGGUUGGUACAUGUAAAUGCAUGCCAGGAAAGUUAAGCCUUUUUUGGCUGAUGUUGUCUGUUUAGUGGGUUAAAUUCACAACUUCACAUUACUGGACCUUGUUACAACUAAAGUUACUUUUCGGUUGCCUCAUCUCGGUAGACAAAAAUACUGUAAACUCUUUUAUGAGCCUUGCUCUUCAAUAAGCCCUCUCUUUUGUGAACCCCCUUUCUUAUAAGCCACUCUUUAAUAAGCCCUCUCACUCAAAAAAUCCGCCUCUCUUAUUAAUCCCCUCCCAGUUAAGCCCCCCUCCCUCUCUUACAACUCUGCUCCUCAUCCUUUCCCUCGACAAAAUCUUGAAAAAUGGAACGUGGAAAAACGCCAUAUCAUUGUUUAAGUCUGUAUUUGUUACUGUUUCAAAAAACUGAUGGUUUGCACCAAAGUACAUGUAAUAGAUUCUAAUUUUACACAGUAUUUCUUGCAAGUGGACACCAUUCCAAAAAAAAAAAAGGAAUCAUUCCAUUGUGGGCCCUUAGUGUGUUUAACUUAACCUCCUCUAUUAUGCUACAUCUCUAAAAAUGUCUUGGAUAUUUAUCUGAAUGCUUUGGAUGUCUAAUAAUUAGAUUGAUUAGAGUAUAUUCUACUCAUUAUCCAUUAUUUUAAACCAACAAGAGGACUACUAAGGAAAUUAUUCGUAUCUUUAGUGUUUAGCCUGCCUCCUUUGUCCACAAUUUCUCAAUGACCCACAAUUCCCAAAGGAUGUAAAGGAAAAGGCUCGCAGAAUCCUUAAAGCAACACCAGGUUUUGCCAUAAGUAGGUAGCAAAUUCAUUCUUCUUAAGGUUCUAUGAGUAAGUUUAGUAACAUUAUGUUUUGUUUGAUGGUAUUUUUUGCUUUUUUUUUACCCCUCUCCUUUACUUUGUGCUGCUUUGGGAUAAGCACGGUAGGACUUGAUUUGUGCUUUUGGUAUUUGGUGCUCUAUUGUACUUUUCAACCUUCUUUGUUUUUGAUUUACAAUUUGAUUUUUCUUUUUUGUAACUGAUUAUUAAUCUAUUCAGAUACCUCAUUUUCAUAACCUACCUAAACCCAAGGGUUGCACCACAGGAGCAAAACGGAGAUAUAUAUGUAUUUUCUUGAGUUUAUACCAUACAUGUGAAAAGUGUGUUGUGAACCUUUUCAGUUUCUGAGUGGUGCAUACUAAACAGUUUUUCAACUCAGUGUCGGUGAAAGCAGGGGCAGAUCUAGAGAAGGGGUGUAAGAAUUAUGCACCCCGCUUUCCUCACCCAAGUUGGGUCUAAGUUCACCUGACGUUAUUCCCUAGUCAUAAACUUACUUCCAUCUUCGUUGCUCGCUUUUUAAGGCCCAUUUUUACCCUUGGUGCAACGCGCGCCGCGACCCAAUUUCGUACAACACGAAAUUCCAAGAUUACUGAAAACCUUCUAAAACCGUCUUUCUCAAGAGCCAUCCUGGACGUAUAGUCAAUUGUUUUAUGGUAAAUACAUUCGCCGUCCGUCAUCUUACAGUUUCCUUACAGUAUUUUGAAUUUUGAUUGCUAGAAUAUGAAGAAAAGUUGUUUCAAGUUUCACGCUUGGAUCUCUUCGUGCUCUGUGAACAGGGCCGGCGAAAAGGACAACGUUCGAAUUUUUUCACUUUCUAGAAGCGCUUUUGGAUUCUAAAUAAAGAUAAAAUAUUUUCCAAUAGAAAUAAGUUUUUUUCAAAGAGAAAUAUGGAAAAUAUCAGACUGCCGGGUGUUGAGUUAUUCAAGUUAUUCGGAGGUGUUUGAAGAAAAUUUUCUAAGUGUCACGCUUGGAUCUCAUCGUACUUUUGUUAUAAAUAAUUUCCUAGCACUCGUCGUUCUGUUGACUAUUUCUUUUGUUCACUCUUUAUUACGCAAGUUAUAACAACGGGGACUAGCUCUGAUCUUGACUUACACAACACAACACUGUUCUAUUUUGUUCUAUCUCUGAUUGAAAGAUACUGUGCACUAGCUUAUAAAGGUGGCACUAAAGGUGACACUACUUAGCUGUCAAUCUUCUUCAAUCGUCAUCAUUCUAUCUCAAUCAGCGAAUCACGUUAAGUUACGUACGACAGACCCUGCAUAAUAUGUUUGCGUCUUCGAGUUUACGUAGUUACAAAAUCAUUUUCUACCCUAAAUUUCUUACAUUUACGAUUAAGAUCGACCAGAACAGAAGCAAGAUUGAUAAUAUAAAAAUUAUAAUAUACUUAGUAACUGAAUUAAAAUCAUACUUGAAAAGGUAUCUUAAAAGAAAACUGUCCUUGAAGGUUGUUACAUAACAGCAGAGUAAACACAAAAUUCGAAGAAGGAAAGUACCGCCCCUAAGAAAACUACGUGCUAUUCGCAUAAGUUAUCUGAUUACAAAUUCAGUGCGGCAGAUGAAAGUACUUCACGUUUACACCUUAAAUCACCUCUAAGAAAAAGAGUUGUCGAAUGUUUUAAAUUAAAAACUGAAAACUAUUGGCUGCCGGAAGCGCUUGAGGAUUGAAAGUAAAGGUAGAACACUUUCGUAUAAAUAUUUUUAAAAAAUAUCGGACUUCCGGACGUAUAGUUAUUUUAAGACCAUGUCCGGCUGCCGGACGUUUAGUCACUUCAUUGCAGGAACGUCAGCGACACUGACAGCUUGCUUUACAGUUCUUAUUUGCUAGUUUGCAUGGAUAACAACCUCAAUCACUCUUUCGAGCGCAAGCUCUUCUUCACGGGAAGGAAACUUCAACUGACCCUUGGUACUAUUUAAGAAGGAUGGCAAACUUUAAUAACAAAAAAUUGGUGUAAGAAUGAAAACGUGGUGGAUCAAGAUUUUCACCUGACCUUCCUCGGAAUGCUCGAAAGGAGUUUCGUGUUCUUCUUCAGCAACAACCGACCCAUAAGCGUUUACUACCUCGGAAUCUACUAAAUCAAUGGAUUCAUCUGAUUCCAUACCGGACUAAAACGUAGAGUAUUGUUUUAAACAGAAUUAUUUUGACAAGUUCACCAAACUCAUCGGAGAAAACGCAGGAGCUAUUUUGAGACAACGUGGCAAGGUUAAAAUAACUGACCAAUCAGAUUCGCUAUUGAAACAAAAGCUGUGGUUCAACACAAAAAAAAAAACGAACGACCGCGUUGCAUCAAGGUUGGAAAUGGGCCUUUAAAAUCAGUUUACGUCACUCGUCUUUUACGUCAUUCUCUAAUGGUCUACCCACUCUUAAAAAAAUCUUGGACCCUAACCCCUGGAAAGUGUUUGGAAAUUAUCCACUCCACUGUGGUGGAGUGUAUCUUUUAUUAGGUUCGUACACAAACACUUUUGGAUUAAGACUCAUUCGCGAGGAUGUAGCCAAAUACAUUUCCAGAAGAGAUGGUUACCCAGCUGACGUUGAUGACGUCAUUUUAACUAAUGGAGGGGCAAUAGGAAUCCAGGUUAGAGACUAGAACUCUUUCUACUGGGUUGCAGUUUAUCUGCUGAUCAAAGUCGUGUGUCUGCUUAGUUCUAUAUCAGGUGUAAAACGUGACGAGGGCGACAUGUGGUUAGAGCGAAAACUGUGGUUUACGUAAGCCGACUAGACAAGUUUGCCAUUUUGAAAUUUAGCGUGACCAUUAACAUUUCAGAGUAGCAACUGUUGCAGAUAUCAGUCUUUUCAGGUUGCCUACAUGCCUCAGACUGCGACAACUUUACUUUUAAAACGAUGCAUAGAGUAGAGCAACGUUUGAGGCACGACGCCGAGAAAUCUUGUGAAGUAUUUCCAUUUAAGCAUUUCAGUUUGAAAGGGUACAUCGAAGAAGGAGAAGAAAUUCCAAUAAGAUGGACUUUAGUAGCGAAUUUGUAUGUGUAUGUACAAUGUAGACCCGCCUACGUGCGUUGGCUGUAACUUAGUGUGGCAGUGUUUGUGAAAAGUAGUACUUUAAUUUGGAUGACCAGAAAUACUGCGAUUACCACGCAAGGUUUGUUUCGUCUCUGUGAAAUUGUCAUUUUCUUCGUAAUUUUCUUCUACAGAUAGGCCUAGCAUCACUUGGUACUGAUAUGCCGAACGGCAAACUAAAGCCAGGGCUUAUGAUUCCCAUUCCAGUUUUUCCUCAGUACAAGUCCAGGAUUGUAGAAUUCAACCUCUACGAGGUAAUGCUGACGUUGUGUUGAAUACUUACAUUCCGUAUCUCUUUACUGAUUCAUUUGCAUACUCAGUUUAACGUUUCUUAUUCUUUGUAUCUUAGUGCUUCAUUAUUGGACAAGUAGAACUUAACAAAAGAAAAAAUAAGAAUAUAUGAAGGUCUGAUAUCAAUCAGUGAUUCAUGUAGAUUAAAGUCCAUAAGAGGAAUGACCCAGCUUAUGAUUGCUGUGCUAAAACUGAUCUUUCUACUCAGAUCCCUUAUUAUUUGGAGGAAGAAAAUAACUGGUCUUUUAACAUCGGUGAAAUGAAGAAAGCCAUAGAUAAGGCUAGGCCACACUGUGAACCAAGAGGACUGGUACUGAUUAAUCCUGGUAAUCCUACAGGUAAGACGUAUGUUUGUAACCAUGGUAAAUAGUGCUGUGGUUGGAGAUGAACUUGAUGUCGAAUGAGUACACAUGGAAAUAAUGAAAAUUAUUCAAAUGGAAGGCAUGGAAAAAAUAUUUGGCUCGAGGUCAUGAUAUACGGACUGAACGCAGCGAGGUCUGUGCGUCAUGACCGAGAGCCAAAUAUUUCAGCCUGACUAAAGUUAGUCAAUAAGCAUUUUAUCACAUGACCACUUAGAGUUGAAAAUUUUGAAAAUUUGGUUCAACCUAAGUAGGACGCGAUAUACGGGCGCACGCGGGAGAAUUAUAAAAAAUAUUCGGCAAUUAAAAAAUUUUUGCUUUGUUUUUUCGAGUCAGAGCAAAAAUAUCACAAUUCAUCAAAAGACGCAAUUGUGUUUUUACCCCUUUUUUUUCCUUCAAGUUUUUGCAAAAAAGCCGUGUGAGUGCGGGUUGAAUGGCUUUUUUCUGGAGCAACUCACGUCAAUCCGUCCGGUCGUACACAUUUCAGCUUUCACCAUGAUUUUCUAUGGGAUUGCACGCGCGGGGCUAGGCGGGUCAUAUGGUAAUUAUCAACUAUUCACCGAAGUGGAGGUGAAUAGCGGCGGAUACUUAGCUCGCUGCUUCGCGGUUCGGUGGAUAUCCACCACUUGUAAAAAUUAAACUCUUGACGCGUGAUUUUGUCUCAAAGGCUGCUCGGCUGCUUUUGCUCAUUUAUUUAUUUCUAUAUUUAUUACAUUUCCAAUAUUGCCUUUACAGCAGAAUCCACACGUGGCUUAUUGACACACUGUAAAAUUGUUAAAUAGUGGAUGCUGGAUUUGGUGUUGUUAUAAUUCCUGUGUUGUUCAACCGCCAUUUCGGAGGUCUCUUUAGCCUGUGAUUCGUCAUCCAAAUCAAUACCCGUAGGAUGACCUUUGCGUCUAUCUUUCAUAUUCAGGACAGAUUUUAAGCUACGACAACAUAAGGGAAGUCAUCAAAUUUUGCGUACGAGAGAAACUGGUUUUAUUUGCGGAUGAAGUGUAUCAAGAAACAGUCUUUAUAAAGGGAGUCCCAUUCCACUCGUGCAGAAAGGUUCUGAGGGACCUGGGAUCUGAAUACAACGACUUUCAAUUGAUGUCGCUCAACUCCGCUUCCAAAGGAUUUUAUGGCGAGUGAGUGGAGAGACCACAUUAUGAACAACAGUGCGGCUUAAUUAUUUGUACAAAAAUCAUAUUAUCAUCACAUAUUUUAACCCGUGUUUUCAUCUGAAGUUUUCGUUAAGAGACAGGGAAGGAAGGGGGACUUCACGGGUUGUUUGCGGUACGCCAAAAAUAUGUUUUAAGAUGUUCAACGUGAAAUUUCUUUAGAAGAUUUCUUAGCUUUUGAGUUCGUGAACGCGAUAUUUAAAAGAAAAUAUUCAAGAUGAAGGAGAUAAGCAAUUUUAAUAUUUCGUGUACUAACGCACAGUUUACCCCUCAACGUUUUCGCAAAUUUACAAAAAAAAAUCGAACAAAAUUUAUCGUGACUUGACCUUAUUCCACAUUUUUCUACCAGGCAGGAAUAGUUGAUAAGGUUUACACUGCUUAAAUUGGGGCGAAAGAACGAUAUGCAAACGCAGGGUAAAUACCGAAUGACAUACAUGUUCUUACGCAGGGUAAAUACCGAAUGACAUACAUGUUCUUACGCAGGGUAAAUACCGAAUGACAUGCAGGUUCUUAUAAGAAAUAUUUUCACUCUCCUUAAAGAACAUUUCAUUUAUUUUAUUUAUGUAGAUGUGGUUUGAGAGGAGGGUAUCUUGAGCUGGUCGGAUUCAGCAACGCAGUCAAAUCGCAGUUUAGAGAUAUGAUGUCGCCUAGUGUUAGUGGCUCGACUAUUGGGCAGGUAUUAGUCAAGUUUCUUAAUUUCAAACAUGUAAAUAACCACAUGAUAAGGCAUUCAGUUGAACAGAAACAGAACGGUCAGCAUGCCAAACCGUUUAACCGUCCAAUAAGUGUUAUCUCUUUUCACAAAAUGGGAGAUUUCACAUACAGAGGGAAGUACCAAACCACGCACCAGUACAUAUAUCUGCUGUACUGAAACGGCUUUUUGACUUCUAUUCAAGGACUGAUUGAAUUUUACAGUGUGUCAAACGCUACUUGAGAAAAAUACAAGAACAAAAGAAUUUACUUCACCUCGCUUGAUUUUUUUUCUGUUUUUAAGGCUGCCAUGAGCUUAAUUUGUUGUCCGCCUCAGCCUGGAGACGAGUCGUAUGAAAUUUUUAUACAGGUUUGUAGCGACGAUCUGGACCUUUCCUAACUUGCUGACAAGGAGAACUUGUUUAACAAUCAAGACCUUCUUUAGUUGAUGAUCAUUUCCUUUAUUCUCAUGACCUUAAAGUGUGACCCAGGGGUGAUAUUGUAAGGAGAAAUUAGAUGCAAGUCACUCUUAGGGGUUAAAAGGGUUAAAAGACUUUGUUUGCUGAUUUAGAUUGAAGUCAUGUUUGCUAAAUAAUUAUUGCGUAGUUAUACUGAAUAAAGUAAUUUUUUUACGAUUUUAAAAUUUGUUGCGUGAAACUCAUCAGAGACCAAAAUCAGUCAAUGAUGGUGAGGCAAACAAAUUUCCGUUUGUUUCUAAGGCUCGUAACAUAUGUACUUUGAACCUUGGAAACAAACGGAAGUUUAGGCCCGUGUUGAAGACAAAAAGAUUCCGUGACACCACAAUCACUUUUAAUUCCCUCAAAGUCUAAACUAGUUAAUCGGAAUUUUAUAUUUGAUCGACAUAUUCUAUUUAUAAAUGUACCAGAUGUACAAAACAAUUUUUUUAGAAACGUGGUUUAAACCACUUGUAAUUCUUUUUAAUGUUAUUAUUAUUAUUAUUAUUAUUAUUAAUAUUAUCCUAUGUAAUAAUCAUGUAAUUCAAUUUUUUAGUUGCAAAGCGAUUAUAAAUCUUAUCUCUACUUAACUCUCUAUCUCUCAUGAUCCUAUGAGAGACUUCGAUAUAUUUGUAGCUUUGUUUUGUAGGAGAAGACGGCCAUUUUGGAGUCUUACGAAAGGAAAGCGAAAAUUACCACUGCAAUGUUGAAUUCUUUAGAAGGAGUGACGUGUAAUGAAGUAACUGGUGCCUUGUAUGCUUUCCCCAGAAUUCGUCUUCCUCAAAAAGCUAUCGAGGAAGCCAAGGUGAGGAAGUGAGCUAUGGAUGUGACGAUAAGUUUACUCACUAUAACUCAGUAGAUACACAAAUGUAUUUCAAAGGGACGAACCUUCGAGAUGAUACUCGUUAUUUUUUUCUCAGUUCGUGAGCGGGCGGUAUUCUACAAAUCCUGCGAUCUGAUUGGUUCCGACAGCAGGUACUAGUCUCCCAUCCGGCCUGCUCUCAGCUGAUAGCGGGCGGUAUCUGUUUUGUGUUGAGUCGCUUUGCAGAACGUCUGUAGCUUCGUUGUAAUUAUUCAUUUUGUUUUGCCAGCUGGGCAGCAUUUUUAAGCGAAGACUUCGUUCACGACCUUUAACCGAUAAACUAUUCAUUAAUUCUCUCCUCUCUCUCUCUCUCUCUCUCUCUCUCUCUCUCUCUCUCUCUCUCUCUCUCUCUCUCUCUCUCUCCCUCUCAAAUCCCUUAAGUUUUUCCGCAAAUAUUAAUUUCAAGGUGAUUUUUUUCAUAUCAAAGGUUCUUUUUGAAGAUAUUGACACGCGGCCUAAAAACCGUCUGUAAUUUAAACAUACUUCACAUAAAGUAACUCAGAAACUUGUAACGAGAGGUAUUUGGGAUAGAAAAUUCCAUUAAUCAAUGUAACUUUCAUUCAUUUAAUAUCUGAAUUCUCCAAAACAAAUUGUUGGUUGUAAAACGUUGAACGAAGUGUUGAAGUCACCUUUAAAUUUACUUACGCUAAUUCUAAGCAAGUCCCUUGAAUUUUGAUAUUUCCAUAAUUGAACUGAGAAACCGAAACCUCGUGUCUAGCUGGAAAAAGCGUCUCAUUUGACUUAAGUUAACGUUUUAGGUAAAUCUUCGAAAAAGGCUGGAAGAUAAGAGGUAAAUCUUCGAAGAUUAAUCCUCGUUUUAAAUGAAUAAUACUUUCUGUAAGAUCUCUGAGCGGUUUUGAAGAAAAAAUCGUCGUAAGUAAGGCUGACAGUCAGUGUUUGGCACCUCAUCUAUUUGUGGACACUACUUUGUCAUUUGCCAACUUGGCGUCCAUCAGUGGGGAAAGGGUUGCGUUACGAGAAGAUCAUUUCUGUUUCUUUAAAUCAUUUCCGUUUCUCUUUAGCGUAAUAACCAUAACCCAGACGGCUUCUAUUGCUGGCAGUUGAUGGAAACAACCGGAAUAGUCCCCACUCCCGGAGAAAACUAUGGACAAAAGGAAGGAACAUACCAUUUUAGGUCAGUUUCAUUUUUCUGUGUUGUCCAUGAGAUGAGCAGCCCAAAUACAAAUACAGAGUUUAUAUCUUUUAAUGGGUAUUCCACAAUUUGCAAUCACAGGCUUGCCUCCUUUCCACUUGUUUUGUUCCUAUUUUCUUCUACUACAGAUUGACAAUUCUACCCUCUGAAGAAAAAAUUGCUCCUAUGUACGAAAGGCUGAGCAAGUUUCACAAGGAAUUCAUGGACAAGUACAAGGACAACAAAGAAAACUAAUAGUGAUUUCAAACUGAGAGCUCGUUUUUUGUUGAGUAUCUCUAUAUUUUUUUCCUGCUCUUUUAACUCAUUUCACGGCCAGUUCAAAGAGCAUUGUGCUCCAAUUACUGAGUUAUUACAGCAUUCCUGUACAUGUUGCAUAUAGUGAAGUGUAUAACAUAUUACUUAGCUCAUCUGCAUGCUGUAUCUGUCAUUCUACCAAAAAUCUAUCUGUCUCCCUUAAAAAAUAAUUGAUUUGAAGAGGGAGUAACAGUUCAUCCUGUAAUAUGAUCAUACGGUUCAAAAAAGACUACCGAAAAAGACUGUUGCAGUGGCGUGUCAGGGAGAGGGUCGGGGGAGGGGGGGGGACAGACAUGUCAGACAUGUGGGUAUUUUUACUACUAGUCUGAAAGCAAACGUUAAACGACAGGGUUGAGUGUUACUAAUCAACUAUCCCCCCACCCAUCAAAAAUGCUUGGAUCUGUACCUGUGUUGUUAGUGGCAGUGACUGACGUUUCGACAACCUGAGGCGGAAGUCCAAAUCAGAGUGACUUCGAUGAUGACUCCGAUGACGACUUCCGCUCUAGGACUACUCUUCUCCGGACGAUCAGAACCCAAAAUCAACUUUAUCUAAUUUUCUACCGUGUGAAUGGCUUCUCCACCAUUUUUGAAUCAAUUUGGUUAAGAGCAAGUUUAGGAGCAGUCAGUUUCCAUUAGGAGGUAGAGGAAUGAUUCGAGUUAUUUAUUUCGUCUUCAAACGGGUAUUGAAGAAAUGUAAAUACAUCAGUGUCAAUCAGUUGGUGAAAAGCCAAAGCAUGCAUAUGCAUUACAUGGUACUAGUGCAUGUUUCUUUUGCUUUUAGCUUUGGUGGUUGUCGUUGUUGUUGUUUUUUAUUUUAAUACUUGUACUGUGUUUGCACGCAUCUUCUGUAUAAUGAAAGAGCGAUAAUUGACUUUUGGGAAUAAGUUGUAAAAUUUUCUGCGUUUUGUUUGUUUCGUUUUACUUCUUCUGUGUUUCACUCCCCACCCUGGCCCCGAAAAAACGAAGAAGUAGACCAGCAAGCAAAGCGAGAUAAAGCGUGUACAUGGACUAG